UAGUUGGUGUGCUUGUCGUACAAUUGGGAGCGCGCGUGCGCGUUUAUUUGCGUUUCCUCGCGCGUUGAACAUGUCUGCCCCACCAGCUAAAGUGAGUAAAAAAGAACAGAACUCGAACCACGACGGAGCGGACGAGACCUCUGAAAAAGAGCAACAAGAAGCUAUUGAGCAUAUUGAUGAAGUACAGAAUGAAAUCGACAGAUUGAAUGAACAGGCCAGUGAGGAAAUUCUCAAAGUCGAGCAAAAAUAUAACAAGCUCCGCCAGCCUUUCUUUCAGAAGAGGUCAGAACUCAUUGCUAAAAUUCCCAACUUUUGGGUCACUACAUUUGUGAAUCACCCACAAGUCUCUGCUCUCCUUGGUGAGGAGGAUGAAGAAGCACUUCACUAUCUGACCAGGGUGGAGGUAACAGAAUUUGAAGACAUCAAAUCAGGCUACAGAAUAGAUUUUUACUUUGAUGAAAACAUGUAUUUUGAAAACAAAGUCCUAUCAAAAGAAAUACACCUGAAUGAAAGUGGAGACCCAACUCCAAAGUCAACAGAGAUCAAAUGGAAACCAGGAAAGGACCUCACAAUUCGUUCCAGUCAAACUCAAAGUAAAAUGGGCAAGAAGAGGCAACAUGAAGAGCCUGAGAGCUUUUUCACCUGGUUCACUGAUCACUCUGAUUCAGGAGCAGAUGAGUUGGGGGAGGUCAUAAAGGAUGACAUAUGGCCCAAUCCCCUCCAGUAUUACCUGGUCCCAGAUAUGGAAGAUGAGGAAGGGGAGGGUGAGGAUGAAGAUGAGGAAGGUCUAGAAGACAUAGAUGAAGAGGGAGAAGAGGAUGAUGGAGAGGAUGAUGGAGAGGAUGAGUGAAGAGUAAGAAAGUUGAGUAUAAUCAAUCACUGGUCCUGUCUGCCCCAACCCAUUUUGAAUUUUUGGUGAUUUUUGGGAGCAAAUAUUCAUCUUUUUUACUCCAUUUUCUUCCUUUUUUUAUGAUUAUUUUUUUAUUUAUUUUUUUUUAAGUUCCAUCUUCUGUCCUGACUGUGCCAUGUUAAUGCUACCCAGGAAGAUACUUAAUAAACUGACUGCAAAAUACUGCCACUAUGGCAAUUAUCUCAAUUUCCAACUACAGUUUGAGGAUUAAAUAAAAGGCAAAACACUGUAAUAUAUGCAGCACAUUGAAGUACACUUGCAAAUGGUGUAUUUUUUUUUUUUUUUUUUUAUACAAGUGUAUAUGCAUAGUUCAUCCUGUUAGUGUGUUUAAAUGAACAAAGGCCAUGGUAUGUGAUGUGUAUUUCCAGUAUCUAUCUUAAUGGCUUUGUUUCUCAUGGCAUUAGAACUGCUUCAUGAUUUUGAGUUUUUCCCUAUAGCUUGUGGUUUCAUGGACAUAAAUCACAACUUUACUGUUCUCCACUCUGUGAGCUUGUAAUUUUAUGAGGGCUGACCCUCAGCGAGGGAGGAAACAUGGGUAUUCGAAUUUUUUUUUUUAAAUCUUGUUUCGGACAUUCAUUGGAUUUAAAAUGACAUUUUGAUAAAAUAAAAUAAUAAAAAAAAAAACAGGAAAACAGUUGUGAA